AUGGCGGCCGGGCCGGGGCCGUGGCUGCUGGGCUCGGGCUUGGCCUUGGGGCCGGCAGGCGUGUGGGCGCAGCUGAGGCUGGUGGAGGCCGGCGGAGGGCAGCGAGCGCCCGGGGACUCCGUGCUCCUCUCCUGCCGCGGACACGGCUUCAACUUCGGGACAUGCGCAAUAAGAUGGUACCGUCAGGCACCCGGAGGCAGGCUGGAGUGGGUGUCCUUUAUCUCCCCUAGUUCAUCACUGAUUCAACAUGCACCGGCAGUGAAUGGUCGAGCCUCUGUGUCCCGGGACAAUUCCCGGUUUAGGACAGCUCUGUCUCUAAGUGCCCUGAGCCCACAGGACUCUGCCCGCUACUUCUGUGCUGUUCGCUGGUGGGGUCUCAGUGUGAGGACAGAUAAGCUUAUUUUUGGAAGUGGGACGACUCUCACAGUUGAGCCAAACAACAUAAGGAGUUCUGACCCACAAGUCAUUGUGAUGAAGUAGAAACUGGAAGAAGAUGGCAACACCGAGAAAGUAGCUUGUUUGGCAAGGAAGUUCUAUACAAAGAAUGUCAUCUUGGAGGUGUCCUCUAAUGAAGCCAUAUAUGAGCAAAAUACCCCCGUUUUGACAUCAGAAGGGUUGUACGAUACCAUUAAGGUGGUCAGUGCAACAAAAGGCACAGAGGUGGCUUGCACAGCCAAACACGAUGGCAAAGAAGCAUUGCUAGAAAAGGAGGCUGAAGAAUCAGUAACAGGGAACAUUUGCAACACCACAGACAUCUCUAUGCAAGAUGCUGAAGGGGAGAAAACAAACAUGCUCUCUGUGACUGUGUUGGGCUUGAGAGUCCUGCUGGCAAAAAGUAUUGCCUUCAAUGCACUCAUGAGCAUCAAGCUGUUUCUUUUCUGAGCUGUCAGACAAUGGCAUGUAGCCCCGGUUGCAUUAAAGGGCCGAUGUGGAAACAAGGCAGCAGCACUGUGAAGAGCAGCUGGAGAGCUUGUCCCAGCAGCACAACGGGUCAAACGGCCAACGCCAAAUCUACUGACAACAACCACGCAGAAGACAACAGAGCACCCUCCCCUUCAGACCUUCCGUACUGCCGAGUCCUGCCUGGCUAGUGGAUUUCAUUUCAAGACUUGUAGCUGCUUUUGCUGUUUCUUUUUCUCUGUGAACUGAGGAGACUGUAUUUUUUCUUAACCCCCUGCUAAGUAGAAGUUGAUCACGCCACUGUUCUCACUUCUACACAGCAGCAUCCAACCUGCUUCUGACUUGCGGAAACAGACUCUGUAACUCCAAGAGUGAUAAGGAAGGAUGUUUAUUCGGCACGGUGGG